AAUGAACAGUAUAACAUAUGAAUGAAAACAACAUGGCGCUGGCCGAUUGUUGUUAUUAAAAGAGAUUGUAAUAAACUAGUUAAAUGUGAAUUAUUUUUACAAAUAUAGUAGUAAGCGCACCUUUAAAAUAAUACCCCGCAAUUACAAUGGCAGGUCACUUUAAAUUGCAACGCGUUAGGAAAAUUAUGAAAAGUUCGGCCGAAGUUGAGCACAUCAGUAAGGAUUCUGUAACUGUAGUAACUCGCGCUGCUGAGCUGUUCAUCAUGCUGUUACUGAAGGAGGCGCACACGGAUCCAAAGAAAGUGAAAAAAUUGGAGUACAAAAAUAUCGCGAACGUAGUAAACGAUAGCGAAAGGUACGAAUUCGCACGUGAAAUGAUACCGCACAAGAUAAAGGUGCACGAGUAUUACGAGAUUAUGAAGAAGAAAUAUGGCAAGGAAAUCGAUACACAGGAAAAGCAUAGUAGUUCGGAAAGCAGUAGUAGUAGUAAUAGUAGCGAGCCAAGUAGUACUGAUAAUAGUGAUAGUGAGGAUUCCAAAGAUGGACAUGAUGACAAUUCGUCAAAUGGAGAUGUAAUGAUAAUAGACUAAUCAAUAUUGUUAAGUAACGAAUAAAUUUGAUACUUUUGCUUA